CGCAGUAUGAAUUCCGUGUCUGUUUCUGCUUUUUCUUUCUUCUCCAUGGAGUAGUUCUCCCAUUCAUCUGGGUAUGGAGAACCCUAGAUUUGUAUGUUAGGCUUUGAUUGUAUGAACCCAAGUACCGAUUCUAUGAUUGAUUAUAUUCGAUUGAGGUUUUAAUGAUUGAAUGACUUGAAUCCUGAUCAAAUUCCUGUUGUUUCUGCUUUAACCUAGAAUGAGAAUAUCUGCCUAGGUUAAUAGAGUAUCCUUGAUUGAAGGUAGGGAGUUGGUGACUUUAGUCGAGGAGCCAACUCACUAUUCUGUACCGGAUUUACUCCGGUAGUGGAGGUUUUGUUCUUAGGGCCUCAAUCUGUCGACUCCGGUGGAGGUUAGUCGCCCGCUAGAGAGUCAGAUUGAGAGGGUCUGAAGACCUUUAGUCGAGACUUCAGGCUGUUUAAGAACCUUCCGCAGUAUAACUGUCAUAGAAACUGAACUUGGUAAUUACAAUCCGGCUUAACUGCAGUCUAGGGGGAACCAUAUCCGGGUGACCUCUUUAACCUGAAUACAUCGUUUACUUGCUUUGUUAGUUUGUUAGUUUAGACUUGCAUUCCAGUUUCAUUGCUAGAUAACAAGAAUUCACUGAGUAGUCAUCAGAUCUAGGACCCGGGUUGACAUAUAAACCUAACCCGCUAUACUACGCUUUAGGAAGUGGUUUCACUUGGCCAAUUUCUAGAGUGACAGUAGAGUCGAGUCACGUACAUACAAAGAAGCUGCUUAGUAUGAAGAAUGGCUCAAGGCUGUUCAGUCUGAACUAGCUUCCCUCUUAAAAACUAAUACUUGGAUACUAGUAGAUCCUCCCAUUAACAAACCUAUCAUUGGUAAUAAAUGGGUUUUUCGGAUCAAAUUUCUUUCAGAUGGUACCAUUGACAAGUUCAAAGCUCGUCUAGUGGCUAAGGGAUACACUCAAACCCCUGGUAUUGAUUAUCUAGACACCUUCUCCCCUGUUGUCAAAAUGACUACAGUUAGGGUCCUCCUAGCAUUAGCAUCUAUUAAUAACUGGUACCUAGAACAGUUAGAUGUCAAUACAGCCUUUCUUCAUGGUGAUUUGAAUGAGGAAGUAUACAUGGCUUUACCCCCUGGUCUCCAGGUUAGUGAUGCUGACAAAAAUAAGGUUUGCAAACUUACCAAGUCCCUUUAUGGGCUAAAAGAGGCAAGUCGCCAGUGGUUUGCAAAACUGUCUGCUACACUAGAAGAACUAGGAUAUAAGAAGUCAAACAGUGAUUACUCCCUUUUUACCAAACAUGAAAAUAAGAACUUUACAGCUUUACUUGUAUACGUAGAUGACAUUAUACUAACUGGAAACUGUUUCUCUGAAAUUCAAAAGGUCAAACAGUUCUUAGAUGACAAGUUUACAAUUAAGGAUCUUGGGAAUCUCAAAUACUUCCUUGGCAUGGAAGUAUCCAGAUCUGAUUCUGGGAUUCAUCUUUGCCAAAGGAAGUAUACACUAGACCUCUUAUCUGAUACUGGUUAUCUUGCUUCUAAACCAGCAACUACACCUUCUGUUCCAGGCACUCAUCUCUCUAGCAAUGAUGGAGAAUUACUUGAUUCUGCUGCACACAGUAGUUAUAGAACAUUGAUAGGUCGUUUACAAUACCUAUGCAAUACUAGACCUGACAUAUGCUAUACUGUCAACCAGCUGAGCCAAUACAUUGAUUUCCCAAGAACUAGUCAUGAACAAGCCACUCAUAGACUUUUGCGCUACUUAAAGACUAAUCCAGCCAAAGGCCUUUUCUUUCCUUCAAACUCUAACAUCAAGCUCACUGCCUUUUCUAAUUCGGAUUGGGCUGGAUGCCCCGAUACUCGCAGAUCAGUAACUAGUUUUUGUGUUUUUUUAGGUUCUUCACUCAUCAGCUGGCGUUCCAAGAAGCAGCAGACAGUCUCACGAUCAUCAGCUGAAGCAGAAUAUCGUGCCCUUGCUGACACCUCACAGGAACUCCAAUGGAUGACAUCUCUUUUUCAACAGCUCCCUGUGCAACCCCAGCAGCCCUACUUCAUCUACUGCGACAGUCUUUUAGCUGUAAAGAUGACAGAGAACCCAGUUCAGCAUGAAAGAACGAAGCACAUCGAAGUAGACUGCCACUUCACAAGGGAUCAAGUGCUUGCCAACAAACUCAAAGUUCAACACGUUUCAACUACACUACAGCUUGCUGAUCCGUUUACAAAAGCCUUGCCAGUUCACACCUUUGUAGACCUCAUCUCCAAGCUAAACAUGAAAUCAAUACAUGCUUAGCUUGCGGGGGGGUAUUAGAGUAUAGGACUAGAAUACAAUUCGCUGUUAGAU